UUCCGCCCCUGCGACGACCCGCUGCGAGACAUGGUGAGGCCGAACAUCGCGAGCACGGAGGCGGUGCUGCUGGCGUGCGCGGGGUCCACGUCGGUGCCCGCCCUGGUCCUCACGUCGUCGAUGGCCGCCGUGAGGGCACCCGGGCAGCCCUUCCGGCCAGGGCGCUCGUGCUACGACCACCACGACUGGAAUUCUCUGUCGGUUGCAGAGGACGGUUGGGGCGCGGCCUACCAAUUCAGCAAGGCCCAGUCCGAGCGGAUGGCGUGGGAGCGCGCGGGCGAGCUGGGAGUGCCGCUGAUCGCGCUGUGCCCUUGCGCGAUCAUAGGCCCGGAGAGGAGGCUGCCAGGCACCGCUCCGGGCCGGUUCCCGUGGAUGAGCGCCGCAGCCAUCCACAGCGACGGUCCGGAAGGGGGCAUGUUGCUGGCGGACGUCCGCGACGUCGCCUCAGCGCACGCCGCCGCCGGGGAGCUCCUGGCCUCCGGCGGCGCCGCCGCGGGCGAACGCGUCGUCGUCAGCGCGGAGGAGGGCGUGUCCGUGUCCUGCCUCGCGGAGGCGUGGGGCAGGCUGGAGGCCGGAGGCGACGAGGGGGCUGCCGGCGUGGCGCGGUUGCCGAGGGGGGCCCGCGAGGUGGAGUGUGCGGACCGCCUGGAGAGCCUCCUCGGCGUCGGGUGUCGGGCUCUGGAGGAGACGCUGCGAGACAUGGCCAGCGACCACCGGGCCGCGUGGCGGGCCCCCGCGGCGGCCGCGGGCGGAGGCGUCCUCGGUGGUCUGCUCGAGCUCUUCCGGUAGGCUCGCGCUGCACGGGCUCUUGUUCGGGUGCGCGGUUGUCCUCGUCAUCCUCCUGCCUGCUCGGGCGGUUGGUGAGCGCAGCACCCCGACGACGGAGUGGAGGCACCACCAACAAC